AUGGCUGAAGGAGGUUUUCAUUUACGCAAAUGGAAAACUAAUGAACCCGAAGUCGCGAAGGUUAUUGAAUCUGAGGUUAUUCAGGAGUUGAAUUUUAAGACAAAAGAAUGCGACAAUUCGUAUGCGAAAACCAUCUUGAAUGAGGGAAAGGAUAUUGAUUCCUCAUGUAAAGUUUUAGGGAUUCAUUGGAAUCAACGUGAAGAUACCUUGCAAUUCGAAUUUUCGAAAAUUGCAUCCGAACUACUGGGUAAGAAAGUAACCAAGCGUGAAAUAUUAAGUUUUCUUGCCAAAACUUUUGACCCGUUAGGAGUUCUUUCGCCUAUUCUGAUUAAUGGGAAAUUUCUUUUUCAGGAAUUGUGUGUCGAAAAUAUUGGGUGGGACGACGAGUUACCCCCUGAUAAAUUAGAGCGUUGGAAUAAUUGGUUAAGUUCAUUAAUUAAUGUGGGCUCUAUUGUUAUUCCCAGAUGUUUGUAUGGGAAGAAUGCUGAGAAAAUUUUGCAUUGUUCCCUACAUGGUUUUGCUGAUGCGUCUUUAAAGGGUUAUUGUGCUACCGUGUAUUUUGUUUAUGAAGCUAAGGAAGGAGUUUUCAGUCAGCUAGUAUGUUCAAAAACCAGAGUAGCACCAUUGAAAGCUCUUUCUAUCCCGCGUUUAGAAUUAAUGUCUGCUAGAAUUCUCGCAACACUAAUGAAAACUGUUUCCUCAGCCUUAAGUAGUUACUGUUAUAUAGAGGAAAGGUAUCUUUGGCUUGACAGUAAAACCGCAUUGUUUUGGAUAAAUAACAGAAAUGAAUGGAAACAGUUUGUGCAACACAGAGUGAAUGAAAUUUUAAGGUUAUCUUCAAGUGAAGAGUGGAGACAUUGUCCCGGUAAAGAUAAUCCAGCAGAUUUAGGAUCGCGUGGGGUUUAUGUUGAUACUUUGAAGGAUAGUGAGUUAUGGUGGCAUGGUCCAGACUGGUUAUGUCAGGAUAAGUCUUGUUGGCCGUCAAAUAUUGAUUUAGGUAGACCUUCUGAAGUAGAUGUGGAACGUAAGAAGGUUGUCAAUUCCAUGUUGAUUAGAGAGGAGAGUUCUAAGGAUAUUGAUCAACUCAUUGACAUUAAUAAGUACAGUUCGUAUGAUAAGCUUGUACGCGUUACUGCAUAUGUCUGCCGAUUCAUAAAUAAUCUUAAAGCUAAAAUGAACAAACAGGAAAAAUUAAUUGGAUCUGUAACUGUACCAGAAAUCUUGUCUGCGGAAAGGUUGUGGAUUAUUAAUGCGCAGGCAGUCUUGAAACAAGAUCCAAAAUUUGAAUUGCUUAAGAAACAGCUACGCAUUGAAGAGCAGAGUGGUAUUUUAAGAUGUGUAGGUAGACUAUCAAACUCUGAUAUGGAAUUUGAGAGCAAAUUUCCUAUAAUAUUGCCAAAGAACCAUCAUUUCACGGAACUCGUUGUUUUACAUGUCCAUGCGUUAAUGGGGCAUGAGGGUCUUCGUAUCACUUUAACGGAAUUAAGAUCUCGGUUUUGGAUUACUGAGGGUAAGGCUUAUAAGGCACCACCUAUGGCACCGUUACCAGAUUUUAGAGUACAGGAGUCACCGCCUUUCAGCAAAGUAGGUGUUGAUUUUGCUGGACCGUUGUAUGUCAAGGGGUUAAAGGGUAAAACACGUAAAACGUAUAUCACCCUUUUUUCAUGCUGUGUAACACGUGCUUUACAUUUAGAAUUGGUGGAAGACCUUACAGCUCAGUCUUUCUUAAGAUGCUUAAGACGAUUUACUGCUCGAAGAGGUACGCCAGAGUUAAUCGUAUCCGACAACGCAAAAACUUUUAAGGCAGCAGCCAAGUCUAUCAAUCGUAUAUUCAGAAAUAAAGAUAUGCAGCGGGAGUUGGAGUCAAGAAGAAUAGAAUGGAAAUUUAAUCUAGAAAGAAGUCCGUGGUGGGGUGGCAUGUUUGAACGAAUGGUUGGUUUAGUUAAACGUAUACUUAGAAAAAUUCUUGGCAAUGCUCUUUUGAAUAAGGAUGAAAUGCAUACUGUUUUAGUAGAAGUGGAAGGAAUUUUGAAUUCUCGACCACUGACGUACAUAUACGAGGAUGAUUUUAAUGUUGACAUACUAACACCGUCUCAUUUAAUGUUUGGUAGGAGAUUAUCACCUCUUGCAGAUCAUAUAGAAUUUAAUUAUUCUGAUGAUGAAACUUCGCAUAGUAAACGAUUCCUUUAUCUAGUUAGGAAAUUACAACAUUUUUGGAAGAGAUGGAGAACCGAAUAUUUGAGGGAACUACGUGAAAAGCAUAAUGCUGCUGGAGCCGACAAUUGUGACAUGCAUAAAGGAGACAUAGUAUUGAUAGAGGAUGAAAAUGUCAAAAGAAGUCAAUGGAAGAUUGGAAGAAUCGAAAGAAUAAUUGUCGGUAAGGAUGGUAAGAUACGGGGUGCUUCUGUAGUUAAGAUUUGCAAAGGUAAGCGAGAUUUACUUAAUAGACCAAUUACUAAACUUUAUCCUUUGGAGAUAACAGGGACAAGUGACGAAGUGGGGGAUAUAGGAAAUGGUGACAGUGAAAGAAAGGAAGUACGGAAUAGGCCUCGUAGAGCUGCAGCUGCCGACGCGCUAUGGCGGACCCGUCUUGUUUUUGACUCGGAGUGA